UCUUCAAUUUUGAUUGUUGUGGGAUCCCAGCCGGCUUAUCUGUAGAGCUUCGAUUUUUGUGUUUCUGCACUCCUUGGCCCUUUGGAUUUCUUCACUGCUCGGGAAAAUUGGUUUAAACGUCUUUAGUCUGCAUGGGGAGAACUCCUGAUCGUACUAGAGUUAAUUUUGGGGUGUACAGGUAGAGACAUGUUUAUUUAGAUUCUCCAAUCCCUACUCUUGGAUGCCUUGUUCUUAGAAGUUGGGCGCAUAUUUAUUGGGUCUGAUAUCCUGGUUCUUCAAUUUGAUAAAAAAAAAAAUCCUUGAAAUCAAUGCAGUGCGACCUCUUCAUUUGUGUUGAAAUACUUGAAUGCUUCAGUGUGCCUUGUUUACAAAUUUGAGCUCCAACCUGCUAUUGAUGUUAUUAAUGCCACUCACAUUAGUAGAUAGGGAGUCCAAUGCCUUGUGGGGUGAACAAUGCCUUGUGGGUUUGUGAUCACUUAAGAUCGUUUCUGUUGCAGCAAAUAUGAAUUAGGUCAAAGUGAUGCUCCUAUAUUUAUCUUGCAAGGCUGCUUGACCUGCUUCUGCAAUUUGAGCCCUUCCAUCCAAAAAAGAAAAAACAGAACAAAAAAUAACAUUUUUGCAAUGGUAAGGUUCUACUCCAAUGCUUAUCCGUGAACUUGUAAGCGAGGCUUCUGUGAUUGUUUUUUACUGCCAAAAAUGGGUAUCAUUCCAAAAGUGGUGGUGCAGCACAUUGUGCUAAUGGUGCUAUCGGUAUAGAAUGGCUUACACGUUGUUGAUGAAAUUCUUGGUUCUUCCCAGAGAUGGUGGCCUUUCAUAAUUGUUGAUUUUAAUCCGAGAGGUCAUCGAUCGAUUAUCCCACAACAUCCACCUGCCUGGUCUUUGUUAUAAUGAACAACACAAAAGAGUUGACAAUUUUUCGUGGAAAUAUUUAGUUUUUUCACUGCAUUGACCUGGUAUAUCACUUUGGCUUUAUCAUGCAUCACAUAAUAUUGAAAGCAUCACCUCACAUAUCUUCAUGUGUAUCAAACAAACUGACCAUGGAAACCUUACGAGUUAUGACCAUAACUGACAAGUGAUGAGAGCAAAAGAUAACGCAGGGAUGAAUGCGAAAGAAAACCGGCCAAAAUUCAUAUAAGUUUACUAUAAGCUAGACAAAGAAAUAUCUGGGAUUUGUUUCAGAUCUGUUAUUUCAUAUUUGCCAAAAUGUUUAUAUGGACUAGUUGACUAAGCAUGAUCAAUGACAUAGUGGCACAUUUGGUCCCAUCCCCAACCAAUUUACAGUUGGAAAAAGUGAAAUCAAAAUCAAAGUCUGCAGCAAACUGUUGCUAGAUAUCUGCCUCUCUAUAUGCUAACUUCUAAAAGAAGUGGCAUAUAAUACACAUCUUCCUCUCGUGUUUAAUGGCUGCACUCACUUAUUCCUUUUUUAUAUAUACGUUCAUGUCAUUCACGUUCUCUUCCUCUGACUCUCAGAUUCACCAUCUUUCUUAAUUCAAUACAUACAUAAAAAAUAUGGCAACUCUCACAUCGUUCUGGCCUUGGAUCAAGCCUGCCUUGUCUCUUCUCUCGUUUUAAUAUAUCGUAUUUGUUGCUCUUGUUUUUGACCCUUUAGCUGCAGAAAUGGCAAAGUCAGGAAAUAUGUGUGGGAAUCAUAGUUGAUGCAUAUUUGUUCAUGUAGUUUGUUCUUAGAAGAUGAAGGGUGCCAGAACGAGCACGGAGUUGAAGAAAGAUAAGCUAGUGAGGUUUUUCAAUGAUGAGAAACAAGAUGGUAAUUUUUCCUGGGAAAAGAGUGACAUUACCCCAAAACACCUCAAAGAGCCACUGUCUGGUGAUAUAGCCAAGAAGACUCCUAGAUUUGGGAGGUUUAAGGUUUUCCCAGAGAACCAUGAGCCUCAUGAGAAGAAAAUUCUUGAUCCUGGAAGUGAUAUCUUCUUGAAAUGGAACAGGAUUUUUCUCAUGUCUUGUUUGGUUGCAUUGUUCGUUGAUCCACUGUUUUUCUACCUUCCUUCAGUACAUAAUGUUGACAGUUCAUCUUGUAUGGCAACUGACUUGAAUUUGGGAAUUGUUGUAACAUGUUUUCGUACUGUUGCCGAUAUGUUUUAUCUGCUGCAUAUGUUCAUCAAGUUGAGAACAGCUUAUAUAUCACCGAAAACUAGAGUUUUUGGGAGGGGUGAGCUUGUUAGGGAUCCCAAAAAGAUUGCUAGAAGGUAUCUGAGAUCAGAUUUCUUCAUAGAUCUUAUAGCUACACUGCCUCUCCCUCAGAUUGUCAUAUGGUUCAUCAUACCUGCAGUUAAAAACUCCAGUGCUGGCCAUACCAACAAUGCCCUUGUACUGAUAGUUCUCCUCCAAUAUGUUCCUAGAUUGUACCUCAUUUUCCCACUAAGUUCUCAGAUUAUCAAGGCAACUGGUGUAGUCACAAAAACAGCUUGGGCCGGGGCUGCGUAUAAUCUCAUACUCUACAUGUUAGCUAGUCAUGUAUUAGGUGCGUCAUGGUACCUAUUAUCAAUUGAAAGGUAUGCAACUUGCUGGAAAUCAAAAUGCAGAAAGGAAAUUGGCCCUUUCAAGUGUUUCCUCAACUACUUGGAUUGUGGUACUCCGAACAUUGAUGGACGCCAUCAAUGGAUAAACAGUACUCAUGUGUUUAGUGACUGCAGUCCGGAGAAACCCGUCGAUUUCCAUUAUGGCAUAUUUGAGAAUGCACUGACCAACAAUGUAGUCUCCUCAGCAUUUCUGGAGAAGUACUUGUAUUGUCUUUGGUGGGGAUUACAGAACUUGAGCUCCUAUGGUCAGAAUUUAACUACAAGCACAUUUAUUGGGGAAACUUCUUUUGCAAUACUAAUUGCUAUUGUUGGUCUGGUUCUCUUUGCACACUUGAUUGGAAAUAUGCAGACUUACUUGCAAUCUAUGACUGUGAGACUUGAAGAGUGGAGGCUAAGGCGGCGAGAUACAGAGGAAUGGAUGAGACAUAGGCAGCUCCCUCAAAAUCUGCAAGAACGUGUUAGGCGAUUUGUGCAGUACAAGUGGAUAGCAACUCGAGGAGUUGAUGAGGAAUCAAUUUUGCACGCCUUGCCUACAGAUCUUCGACGUGACAUCCAAAGGCACUUAUGUUUAGACCUUGUUCGACGUGUCCCAUUUUUCUCACAGAUGGAUGGUCAACUACUUGAUGCCAUAUGCGAGCGUUUAAUAUCCUCUUUGAGUACUCAAGGCACCUACAUUGUUCGUGAAGGUGACCCUGUCACAGAAAUGUUAUUCAUUAUCCGAGGAAAGCUAGAGAGCUCGACUACAAAUGGAGGCCGGACAGGCUUCUUCAACUCAAUUACUUUGAGACCUGGUGAUUUUUGUGGCGAAGAAUUGCUCGCUUGGGCAUUGCUUCCAAAAUCUACCCUCAACUUGCCUUCUUCUACAAGAACGGUUAAAUCACUUGAUGAAGUAGAAGCCUUUGCACUUAGAGCAGAAGAUCUCAAGUUUGUUGCCAAUCAGUUUCGACGACUUCAUAGCAAGAAGCUGCAACACACAUUUCGAUUCUACUCUUACCACUGGAGAACUUGGGCUGCAUGUUUCAUUCAGGUCGCCUGGCGUCGAUUCAAGAAGAGAUUGUUGGCAAAGAACCUUAGCCUGGUUGAGUCAUUUUCUUAUAACUGUGACAACCAAGAGGCUGAUGAGGCAGAACAAGAAAAGGAGUACUCCAGGACUAAUGCAGCUGCAAAUGCAUCUCAAGCGAGACAGAAUUUGGGAGUCACCAUUCUGGCUUCGAGGUUCGCUGCAAACACUAGAAGAGGAGUUCAGAAAAUGAAGGAGGUUCAGUUGCCAAAGUUGCAAAAGCCUGAAGAGCCGGACUUCUCAGAAGAGCCAGAAGAUGACUAGUAACUCGGUUCAUUACUAUGUACAAAUUCAUAAAACAUCUUUAAACCCCAGUAGGAAAUUAUAAGAACAUGUACUCAGUUUCCUAGGUACAUUUGGAUUAACUGAAUGCAUAGUUGUUUCAUAACUGAAGAAAAAUUGCUUAA